GCGCCGACAGGGGCCGAGCCUGGAGCCUGACAAGCGUUGGCACAGUGGUGGCGGAGGCCCGCGGCUGCGGGGUAGCUGGACGUACCCCGCGGGGCAGGGCAAAUGUUUCUGGACCAGAUGAAGUUUGAGGAGCCUUCCAGCUGUAAGAUACUAGGAUAGGAAACUCCCGAGUCUGGAUCUACAGAAGACUUGCCUGUCCUCUCCACACGAUGUCAGGAAGCCACAUACCUUCUGCCAGUGGCCCCUUCUCAGCCCUGACUCCUAGCAUGUGGCCCCAGGAGAUCCUGGCCAAGUACACACAGAAGGAAGAGGCAGUGGAGCAACCAGAGUUCUGCUAUGAUGAGUUCGGCUUCCGCGUGGACAAGGAAGGCGCAGACGGCGCCCCCCGCCCAGGCCAGCUGCUGGAGGACCCCCCCCAGAGGCUGCGCUGGCAGGCCCACCUGGAGUUCACCCACAACCACGACGUGGGAGACCUCACCUGGGACAAGAUUGCCAUCUCCCUGCCACGCUCGGAGAAGCUCCGCUCCCUGGUGCUGGCCGGGGUGCCGCACAGCAUGAGGCCGCAGCUGUGGAUGCGGCUCUCCGGGGCCCUGCAGAAGAAGAGGAACUCCGAGCUGUCCUACCGAGAGAUCGUGAAGGACAGCGCUAACGAUGAGACCGUUGCUGCCAAGCAGCAGAUUGAGAAGGACUUGCUCCGCACCAUGCCCAGCAACGCCUGCUUCGCCCACGUGAGCAGCGUGGGUGUACCCCGCCUGCGCAGGGUGCUCCGAGCGCUGGCCUGGCUCUACCCGGAGAUCGGCUACUGCCAGGGCACGGGCAUGGUGGCUGCCUGCCUCCUGCUGUUCCUGGAGGAGGAGGAUGCCUUCUGGAUGAUGUGCGCCAUCAUCGAGGACCUGCUCCCCGCCUCCUACUUCAGCACCACCCUGCUGGGCGUCCAGACCGACCAGCGGCUCCUGCGCCACCUCAUCGUCCAGUACCUGCCUCGGCUGGACAGGCUGCUCCAGGAGCAUGACAUCGAGCUGUCCCUCAUCACACUGCACUGGUUCCUCACGGCCUUCGCCAGCGUGGUGCACAUCAGGCUGCUGCUGCGCCUCUGGGACCUGUUUUUCUACGAGGGCUCCCUGGUGCUGUUCCAGGCCACGCUGGGCAUGCUGUGCCUCAAGGAGGAGGAGCUGAUCCAGUCGGAGAAUUCAGCCUCCAUCUUCAACACGCUGUCGGACAUACCGUCACAGAUGGAGGACGCGGACCUGCUGCUGGGGGAGGCCAUGCGGCUGGCGGGCUCCCUCACUGACGUGGCCGUGGAGAGCCAGCGCCGCAAGCACCUGGCCUACCUCCUAGCCGACCAGGGCCCGCUCCUGGGCGCCAGCCCUGCCGCCAGCCUCUCUCAGGUUGUCCGCCGCAGGACCCAGCGGAGGAAGUCUGGCAUCACGUCGCUGCUCUUUGGGGAGGACGACCUGGAGGCGCUCAAGGCCAAGAACAUCAAGCAGACAGAGCUGGUGGCCGACCUCCGGGAAGCCAUCCUGCGCGUGGCACGCCACUUCCAGUGCACAGACCCCAAGAACUGCAGUGUGCAGGAGCUGAGCCCGGACUACAGCAUGGAGAGCCACCAGAGGGACCACGAGAACUACGUGGCAUGCUUGCGCAGCCACCCACGCCGGGCCAAGGCCCUACUGGACUUCGAGCGCCACGAUGAUGACGAGCUGGGCUUCCGCAAGAACGACAUCAUUACGAUCAUCUCCCAGAAGGACGAGCACUGCUGGGUGGGGGAGCUGAAUGGCCUGAGAGGCUGGUUUCCAGCAAAGUUCGUGGAAGUCCUGGAUGAGCGGAGCAAGGAGUACUCCAUCGCGGGGGACGAUUCUGUGACAGAGGGGGUCACGGACCUCGUGCGAGGGACCCUCUGCCCGGCCCUGAAGGCCCUGUUUGAACACGGACUGAAGAAGCCUUCCCUGCUUGGGGGCGCCUGCCACCCCUGGCUGUUCAUCGAGGAGGCGGCGGGCCGGGAGGUUGAGAGAGACUUCGACUCGGUGUAUUCGCGCCUAGUGCUGUGUAAGACGUACAGGUUGGAUGAAGAUGGCAAAGUCCUGACCCCAGAGGAGCUGCUCUACCGGGCCGUGCAGUCCGUUAACGUGACCCAUGACGCUGCACACGCACAAAUGGACGUCAAGCUCCGCUCCCUCAUCUGCGUGGGGCUCAAUGAGCAGGUCCUGCACCUGUGGCUGGAGGUGCUCUGCUCCAGCCUGCCCACCGUGGAGAAGUGGUACCAGCCCUGGUCCUUCCUGCGCAGCCCCGGCUGGGUCCAGAUCAAGUGCGAGCUGCGGGUCCUUUGCUGCUUUGCCUUUAGCCUCUCCCAAGACUGGGAACUUCCUGCCAAGAGAGAGGGACCCUGUCACAUCCAGGCCUCUCCAGACCCCUUGGCUACCAAGCCCCUUCCUCAAGCAAGAAGAGAACAGCCCGGCGCUGGCCAGCCUCGGGGCCACCCCAAGCUGCAAGGUCGAGGGGAGGACACUCUCGGGAGCUCUGGCUGGGCACCGUGGUAGGGAGUCCGGGGACACCGCCCUGGGUGCUAGAGUGCUGGUGGAGGGCAGCAGGUGGCAGGAGCAGAAGGUGGGGGCCCGGCUCAGCCUGUUACUCUCAGCACCCCGGGGAGGGCUCUGCCCUGCCAGGGUCUUUACCAGAGGCCCCAGGCUUGCUGUGCUGAACAAAAACCUUGGGAGGUGGAGCGCCACCUCUCUUCUGUCAGGUUUUGCUCAGAGGAGGGUGGGGAGGCUGAAGGCUCCCCAGCCUCUUUGAUUUACAAAUAAACUGUCUUUGAGACGCA